AGGCCUGAGCGAGAGCCGACGGCUGGCGGGCGCAGCUGCAGCCUGAGCGUCCGCGGGGACUGGUGGGCCCCGCGCUCUUGUUUCUUCUCACGGCCGCGCUCUCGGACAUGGUGGCCCCCCGCUCUGUGACCAGCCGACUGGGCUCGGUGUUCCCCUUCCUGCUUGUCCUGGUGGACCUGCAGUACGAAGGCGCUGAAUGUGGAGUAAAUGCAGAUGUUGAGAAACAUCUUGAAUUGGGGAAGAAAUUACUUGCCGCUGGACAGCUAGCUGAUGCUUUAUCUCAAUUUCAUGCUGCAGUAGAUGGUGACCCAGAUAACUAUGUUGCAUACUAUCGGAGAGCUACUGCCUUUUUAGCUAUGGGCAAAUCAAAAGCAGCACUUCCUGAUUUAACUAAAGUGAUUGAAUUGAAGAUGGAUUUCACUGCAGCAAGAUUACAGAGAGGUCACUUAUUACUCAAACAAGGAAAACUUGAUGAAGCAGAAGAUGAUUUUAAAAAAGUGCUCAAAUCCAAUCCAAGUGAAAAUGAAGAAAAGGAAGCCCAGUCUCAACUUAUAAAAUCUGAUGAAAUGCAGCGUUUGCGUUCACAAGCCCUUGAUGCUUUUGACAACUCGGAUUAUAUUGCUGCUAUAACCUCCCUUGAUAAGAUUUUAGAGGUUUGUGUUUGGGAUGCUGAACUACGGGAACUUCGAGCUGAGUGUUUUAUAAAAGAAGGAGAACCUAGGAAAGCGAUAAGUGACUUAAAAGCUGCAUCAAAAUUGAAGAAUGACAACACUGAGGCUUUUUAUAAAAUCAGCACACUGUACUAUCAACUAGGAGAUCACGAACUGUCCCUCAGUGAAGUUCGUGAAUGUCUUAAACUUGACCAGGAUCAUAAAAGGUGUUUUGCACACUAUAAACAAGUAAAGAAACUUAAUAAGCUGAUUGAGUCCGCUGAAGAGCUCAUCAGAGAUGGCAGAUACACAGAAGCGACCAGCAAAUACGAAUCUGUGAUGAAAACAGAGCCUAGUGUUUCUGAAUACACAAUUCGUUCAAAAGAAAGGAUUUGCCACUGCUUUUCUAAGGACGAGAAGCCUGUUGAAGCUAUUCGAGUGUGUUCUGAAGUUUUACAGGUGGAACCUGACAAUGUGAAUGCCCUGAAAGAUCGAGCAGAGGCCUAUUUAAUAGAAGAAAUGUAUGAUGAAGCUAUUCAGGAUUAUGAAACUGCUCAGGAACACAAUGAAAAUGACCAGCAGAUUCGGGAAGGUCUAGAGAAAGCACAAAGACUAUUGAAACAGUCACAGAAAAGAGAUUAUUAUAAAAUCUUGGGAGUAAAAAGAAAUGCCAAAAAGCAAGAAAUCAUUAAAGCAUACCGAAAAUUAGCAAUGCAGUGGCACCCAGAUAACUUCCAGAAUGAAGAAGAAAAGAAAAAAGCUGAGAAAAAAUUCAUCGACAUUGCAGCUGCUAAAGAGGUCCUCUCUGAUCCAGAAAUGAGGAAGAAGUUUGAUGAUGGAGAAGACCCCCUGGAUGCAGAGAGCCAACAAGGAGGUGGUGGCAACCCCUUCCACAGAAGCUGGAACUCAUGGCAAGGGUUCAAUCCCUUCAGCUCAGGCGGACCUUUUCGAUUUAAAUUCCACUUCAAUUAAACCAGCUGGGUUUUUUUGUUCUUAAAUUUUUUUUUUAAGAUUAAAAACAACUUGUUCCAGGAUCCUAAAGAAAAAAAAUUUCAAAUCUCUUAGUUUGUCCACGACCAAAGAGUUGUUUUAAUAAGAAAAAUCUGUUCUCCAUUUUAGACUUGAGGUGGAUGGGUUUGUUAGGGCAGGGGGUGAGGAAUGCCUGAGGCAGGCGGGCCUGCCUGCGCAGGUGCUCACAUACUCUGUGGUUCUGCGCUGGAGCACGAGCGAAGUUCUUUUCUUCACAGCCUUGCAUAGUAGGUCAGUGCCUGUGUUUAAGGAGGAGCUGCAUGGGAUUGUCAUGAGAAUGGGUUCUACUUCUGUAUUCUUAAAGAGAAUAUUACCAUUUUGAGCUGUUUGUUCUUAGGGACAAUUUUGCUUAGAUUUGGUCAAUCCAGUCACUUGAAAAUAAGCCUCCUUUAAUUGGCAUGCAUUUCCAUCUCCUUGCCAGCAGGAACAUGGCUGUCACUGAAGUGGGGGCAGAACUCACGUUUAGAGAACCUGCUACCAAAUGGUAGCCAAUGUAGCCAGGCUUUGGAUUGAUGUUAAGCAUAUACUUUGUAUUUUCUGUUGUUCAGUAACUGCAAGAAAAUACUAAAAACCACUGAAAUAGAAUUGUAAAAAAACCUAUGGACCCUUUUGUUUAAUAUGAAUAUUAAACACAACAAAUUAACUUAAAAGAUAUAUAUAAAAUAGGUUCAGAUAAGAUAGCAGUGGUUUUAUUCAAAGUAAUUUUGCUGAAGUGCAGAGUGAAAUACUUCAGCAACUGAAAUUGUGAGUUAAACAGUUCCUAUAACAGGGUUGUCUUAGAAAUGUAAAGUUGCUCAGUUAACAUAAAACAGAAUGCCCUCUUCCCACUCUUAAGACAAAAAGUGGCGCAGCCUGGCUCACCCUCUUGGACUGUAGUACCUCCCAACCGGGAGGGGGGGGCUGUUUCAAGUGGGCAUUAAACAGCAGACCCGCCCCAUUACCAGACCUUGAUGCCUCAACACGUUCUCCUGUGUGAAAAAAAAAUACAGGUUUACAAAUCCUCAGCUCUGGCUAUAUGUUCACUAUCAAGAUGGUAUCUCUUCUUGGGAUACCUUCUUUGUAUCUUUGAAGAAAAUGAACUAUUCAAUCUUUGUUUAUUUGAUAAUUUUCCCCCCAAAUGAGUGCUACUUUAAUCAAGAAUAUUAAAUAUUUAUGGAACUACUGAUAUGGAUUUAAAAUCUAAGAGAAUUAGUACCUUUAUUCAGGAAAGGUUUUUCUGUUUGUCUUAGAGCAUGUUGAAACAUUUUAAGCAGUACGAGUCUAAUAUGUUUUUAUGAAAUCAAGCAUUUUAAUUUUAGUUCUAGGUGGCAUCCUGACCAGUAAUGUCCACAACAGCAAAGCACAAAUCAUUUUCUUCUAUAGUCAUUCUGAAACAUGGAAAAAUUUUUAAAACUGGGAGACAAAAAUUGCAUAGUUGAAUUGGGUAAAACACAUAAGUGCUUUUUGCAUCUAUUUAGGAGUCUAUUUCUUACCAAUAAACUUAACAAUGCAUUCUGAAAACUA